AUGGAGGAGUGUUUGCCAGCUGACAGCGAAACAACGAUUGAUAGUGAUCCCAAACCCAAACACGGAAGUUCAAAAUCCAAGACGGACCAUUCUUUCAUAGCUGCUAUUAUAUCCACAAAAACUACUGAAUCAAAAGCAGAUGAAUUGAAACAGUAUGUGAAUGAGGAGACCGAGCCCAGUAACUGUGAUCCGACCGAUAUACUAAGUUACUGGGACCAAAGGUCUAAAAGAUGGCCUAAAUUAUCAAACAUGGCUAGAGAUAUGUUAAGCAUUCCAGCCACUAGUGCAGGCAGUGAGAGGGCGUUCAGCACUGGAAAAGAUUGUUUUGGAAUUGCUAGGAUGAGCCUUAAUUCCGAGACUGUUGAAGCCCUCAUCUGCUUGCGCUCAUGGUUUAAAGCCGGUUUGAUCAACGAAAUUGAUUCACGUUCCCACAAUCUGACUGAAUUCGAUAUUGAAAACAUUGACGAAUGAUGAUUAAGAAAAUUGUUGUAAUGA